AUGACGUACCUCGUUCCUGUUAAGAACGUCGCUUACAACGUGAACACAUCGAAAUUGGGACAUCAUGUGAUGCAGCAGAUCGCUGUGAGUUUAAGGGGUUGGUUAAUAUUUUUGGGGUUUUUUGGUUUUUAGGUAAUAUUUUUAGUUUUUUUCAAGUUUUUGGUAUUUUCAGUUAGUUAUUGUCAUAGAUUUUAAAAUAUUUUUGAUUUUUUAAAUUUUAAAUUUUUUCAAAAUUUUGAAAAUCGAAAUUAAAAUUCAAUUUUAGCAAGAAAUCGCAAAUUACAACAAGGCAUUCCAAGAAGCUUUAGACGACUACAAGAACGGUGGUGGUGAAGGCGGUGACGAAGAUGGAAAGACACUAGCUCCAGCACCUGCUGAACCAACAGCAGCUGCAGGUGGCGGUGGAGAGACACCAGCUCCAGCACCUAGUGAACCUUCAUCAGCACCAGAUGGCGGAGACCCAUCUCAAGCACCUAGUGAACCUUCAGCAGCUCCAGACGGCGGAGACCCAUCUGAAGCCCCUAGUGAACCUCCAUCGCCUCCAGAAGGUGGAGACCCAUCUCAAGCGCCUAGUGAAAUUUCAGCAGCUCCAGGUGGCGGAGACGCAUCUCAAGCCCCCAGUGAACCUUCUUCAGCACCAGACGGCGGAAAUGCAUCUGAAGCACCUAGUGAACCUUCGUCAGCUCCAGAUAAUGGAGAACCCUCUCAAGCCCCUAGUGAACCUUCAUCAGCUCCAGAUGGUGGAGACGCAUCUGAAGCACCUAGUGAUGGUGAAACAACUGCAGAAGGCGAUCCUAUUCAACCUGUUACUGAACCACCAAAUGACGAAGGCGGUGAUCCCCAAAAUAAGAAAAAGAAGAAGCUCUACUUCAAAUACCAACUUGUCAAGCCACGUUAG